AAGAUGGCGGCGUCUGCAGGGAAAAGAAAACAUCACCAAUAAAAGCGGAGGACCCAAAGUGUUUAAGCUUUUAAAGAGAACAAAUGUGCUAACCAGGAGAAAACUGCAAACCUGUGAAUCUUCCCCCAGUCAGGAGGAGAAUGAGUUCUUCAGAAGAGGAGAAGCCGACGCUCUCAGAGGGAAUCAGACCUCAUCAGUGUCCAAAGUGUAAGAAAUCUUUCCAUCGCUUGCGUAGCUUGAAAAAACAUGAACUCAGUCACGCUGCAGAAAAACUCUUUACAUGUGAACAGUGUGACAGCAGUUUUCAGCAGCCCGGUGCAUACACCAUGCACCUGCAGACUCAUGUUGAAGAACCCCCAGAACCACCAGGAACCGUGCACCGCUGUGACCAGUGUGGGGAGCGUUUCACCGGCCAGAGCUCGUACAGAGAACACCUGAGUGGACACAGCGGGCCGUACCGCUGUGAGCAGUGUGGGAAGAGUUUCAGCUACUUCAGCAAUUAUAAGACCCACAUGCGAGUCCACACGGGAGAGAAACCGUACGUCUGCGACCAGUGUCCAAAGAGUUUUAGUUUUCUGAGUUCAUACAAGCGGCAUCAGGUGAGUCACAGUGGGGAGAAACCCUACCAGUGUGACUUCUGCGGGAAGAGUUUUAGUCAGUCGGGACAUUUCAGCGUACAUCUGCGAAAUCACACCGGUGAGAAGCCCUUCCAGUGCGAUAAAUGUGGAAAGAGUUUCAGUGAUGUGAGCGGAUACAAGAUACAUCUGCGCGUCCAUACGGGGGAGAAACCGUACUGCUGUAAUCACUGUGGGCGGGGUUUCUCUCAGCUGGGAAACCUGAAGUCACACAUGCGUAUCCACACCGGAGAGAAACCGUACCGCUGCGAAGACUGCGGACAGAGUUUCUCCAUUUCAAAGACGUACAAGCAGCAUGUGCUGACCCACACCGGAGAGAAACCGUACAAGUGCGACGAGUGCGGGAAAGGCUUCGGUCGGCUGAGUAACUACAGUCGACACCUGCGAAUCCACACCGGAGAGCAGCCGUACAGGUGUGAACAGUGCGGCCAGUGUUUCAAUCACCCGCACAGUUACAACCGACACCUGCGAGUCCACACCGGAGAGAAGCCGUACUGGUGCUCCAAGUGUAAGAGGUGGUUUACUCAGCCGCACUCGUUAAAGAGACACCGCUGUGUGGAAACAGACGACGAGGAGUCCACAGGAUGUAUAGAAGUACGAGUGGUCGGCUAAAGGAAAGAACUGUCUGCAGUAAUGGCAGUGCAGCUCGAUGGAAAAAGGAUUGUAUCUUCAAAAACAACUGUCAGCACUUAAGCUAAACAAUUGAAGGUUCUCACAUUAGUGAAACAGGAGGCGGUAGUGCAGCGGUUCUUAAUCUACAACAUGAAUAACACCAUUAGCAAAGCAUGAACAGUUAAUGAAAGAACUGCCAUGUCGAAACGUACAGUAAAGUGGACAAUGAAUAUUCAACAAAUGUCACAACUACGAGGAAGAUUUUUAGUCAUUUGUUGGUACAUGAAUAAAUAAAAUUGCACUGAAAGAUGAGAAAACGUGACAAGGAAAGAAAAGUUUGUCAUAAAUGGGACUUAAAGCCAAAACAAGUGUUUCCAUUACACAUUAAAGACAUGAUAAUCUGCAUGUAAAUGAAUGAUAUAAAUUAAGAACAAAUGAUGUUGGGAAACAGAUAAUAUUCCAAAAAACAGAGGAUCAGAAUGUCAUAUUGAAGAUCUAUUAUGUUCAUUUUAUGCAGAAAAUCCCCUUCUUUCAAAAAUUGUUUCCAAAAAUGCAGUUUUUUUUCCCCCAGGUUAAGACACUUCAAAGUUCCCAACAUCUACAGAACAGAAACCAUCAAACUGUAGCAAAACACUCACCUAAAGCAGCGUCUGUGCCUUCUAAUGCUCAACUUAUUUCCUAAAAACUGAAAAAAACUCAAGUGUUACCU